CAAAAGUCUGCGUGAUGUGCGGGAUAAGUGUGAGAAACUCGGUCAAUAAGGUGUUCGGCACUUGACACAGCGAAAUUCUUGCACAGAUACACACAUUAACUCACACUUACACACCCACACACAGCACACCCAAUCAGCGAACACAUACAGAGCUCAGUUUAGUUAUAGAGAUUUUUCUUUGUGGUCAAGGUAUAUCGUCAACCCGUAAAAAAUUGCAAAUUUAUUGAAAAAACUAGCUAAUUUCGAGAAUGCGAAGUCGCUCGGCAGCAGUUUCGGCAAUGCAAAGGAAUUGUCUGAUAUAAUGACUGGCAGCUUUAAGGUGCAACUCAUCAACAUGGGCACUCGCGCUGCCGCCUUUCAGGCAAAACUGAGAGCCCUCCAUGAAUAUCAUGUACGCCUCUUGCACAAUGUCUUACCUGCGCCCUCUGGCGUCGAUAUUGCUAACAAUAUCAAAUACUUUUCUCAAACUCUACUAACUGUCCUUAAAGAUGUGCGCACCUCUCCGCAUGAGCUCAUUCGCGAUCCUCUCGAAGAUCCUACACGCAUGUCUGCCUAUCCAAAUCUUGAAUAUGGCAAUCUCUAUAAUGCCUUGACCAUGCUCAUCGAUGUGGCACCUUGCAUCCAGUAUGGCCAAAUUGUCUUUGGCAAAGCUUUGCUACAGUGCCUCUGCUGUAUAUUACCCUUCCUCGACAAGGAUCUUAUUGAUAAUCUACCCUAUCUAGUUAGCUCUACUAUAUCUGUACUACCGCCAGCCUUGCAUCAGGAUAUUGUCAAUGCAUUAUGCUACUAUAUUUUACCCUUUACUAUAACACGUCGCAGCUCCGAUGAGCAGGAGUGCCAAGCCUGUCAAUCGGUCUCCUCUGUCAUCAUGAUGGUCUUGCAGUACUCGAAGAACCCAGCACAUCACUGUCAACUGCUGGAGUGCCUGAUGACGCUGAAGCAUAACGUCGUCAAGGAUAUACUCUGUGUGGUGGCCUAUGGCACGGCUGUCUCCCGCUCUUCUGCGGCCAAGCUGCUCUUCUACUACUGGCCUGCGUUCGAUCCCAAUCUUUUUGAUCGCAAAGUUCUGCUCUCCAAGCUUACCAAUGACCUGGUUCCAUUCACCUGUCAGCGCGAGCAUUGCCCCAACGCUGGCAAUGCUGAGGCAGCCAAGGUUUGCUAUGAUCACAGCAUUAGCAUCACCUAUGCCCAGGACUGUCCGCCGCCAUUGUAUCUGUGCAUUGAGUGCGCCAACGAGAUACAUCGGGAGCACACGAACUUGGAGUUUGGCGACAUACUGCAUCCCAUGCAACAGGUGUCGAUGGUGUGCGAGAACAAGAACUGUCGCUCCAACGAGAAGUCCGCCUUCUCCAUCUGCUUUUCGACCGAGUGCGCCAGCUUCAAUGGCAAUCAUCCCAUUCGCUAUUGCGCCCAGUGCCACAGCAAUCGUCACAACUCUCGCCGUGGUGGGGAUCAUGUGGUGCAUCGCAGCCUGCAGCCAGCCUGGCAGAUGGAUCCCGAGAUGCAAAUGCACAUGGUCGAGUCCGUGGUCAGUCUGCUGCGCGAGGCCAAGCCGCUGAAUUUUGAGCCGGGCAAGGAGUCCUUGAUGGACGUGAAGAAGAAUGGCAGUGCGACCACGCCCGACAACAUUUCGCUCGAGGAGCGCCAGAGACUUGGCCGCUAUGGCAUCUGGUUACUGGUGGGCCGCUGCACCCCCACCGCUGACACACCUGUCGAGGUUUUGGGACGCAUUCUUAGCAUGCUUUUUCACUGGUUUCAUGUCACGGCCUACUCCUACGAUGCUGCUGGGCAGGUGGAGAGCACCAUAGAGAAGCUCAAAAUAGAUCACGUCUGCAACUGGUUAAAGGAGAUUUGCCGCAUACACUACAACGUCUUCAUCUCCUGUCUGCUGCCCCAUCCGCCGGAGUACGCUCGCGUGGGUGGCCACUGGGAGACGCUCGCCUCGCGCACCAGCCACCUGAAGGAGGGGCUACAGCGGCUGAUUUGCCUGGUGCCCUACGAGGUGAUCACCUCGGAGAUAUGGGACUAUGUGAUGCCGCACUGGAUGGAAGCCAUUACCAACGAUGUGGCCGAAAAGGAGCUAAACGAACUCAAAAUUGUGCUCAGCAAAAUCCUCGAUCCGGAAAUGUCGCCCUUGGGCUUCGAUGCCAAGACCAUGUACAACUUUGUGGCCAUACGAUUCGAGAAGACGACAGCCAAGGUGCAGCAGCAAGCGCUGCAUUGGCUACAAAUACUGACCAAGCUGGAAAUACUCAUACCACUCGUCCAGCUCUUUGCCAUGUUCGGCGAUGGAGUGCGCAUCAUGAAAUAUGGCAUACAGCACGAACUGAUGCGGGAGAAGGAGAAGGAGCCGCAGACGCAGCAGCAGGCGAAAGCGCCCAAAACGCCGUGCAAGGAGAGCAAGGCCGAAAUGGCCAACCCACCCAGACGCAGUUCCAUUUCACCUGUUGUGGAGGAUGACUCUGGGAAUACCUCGGCCAUAUCGGAUGAUGAGGCGCCCACCAAUCGUCACACAGAAUUUUCCACGGAUGCCGAGCACAAUCUCACCUGUUGCAUACUCAUGCUGGACAUUCUUUUGAAGCAGAUGGAACUGCAGGACGUGGAGCAGCACAUGGGCAUACACACCAGCGUCUGCGAGAACGUCUCGCGCCUUAUCAAAUGCAUGGUGACAGCGGCCCGGGUGGGUCUAAGCAGUCAUGUGUGUGCCCUGAAGGUGGCCGAGUGUGCUUACUGCGAGGCCUCCACCAUGUGGCAUCAGCUGUCUACGAAGCUGGUGGAGUUUAUGGCACCGCUGAAUCCUGUCAGGCCACCCGAUGUGCCCAUUGAGGACAUCAUCGAAGAGGAGAAAUCAUCGCGGAAGUCGCCACCCGAAUCUGAGAAGGAGAAAACCCGUGAUGUGUCGCUCUCCAUGGCACCGUUGCCGAUCCCAUUGGGCCCGCUCGGCGGCUUCGCAGAUAUCUUUAAGCUAGAUCAAUUCUUUUCAGACGAUGGAAAAAUUAUUAUAAUGGCAGGUCCUGUGCCUGUGGCCGUACCACAACCCGAGCCCCACUCAGUGGGCGGCGUGCUCGUCCACAUGCCCCACGUUUGUUCCAAUAACGAAAAUGGGCAUUCAGUUGAUAGUAAUGAAUUGAGAAAAGUUCACGCCACAGACGAGAUCAUGACGGCGACUGUAGAAACAGUUUCAGAGCAGCUUGACUUGGCCUCCAUUCUGCCCACGGACAGGGCUGUGGCCCGGUCCAUCACGCUGUCCGACGCGGAUGUGGGCAGCGCCAAUGUCAGCGUCACCAAGGCGUCCGUAAUGGGCGAAAAUGGAGCCAACGGCAGCACAGCUGGCGGCGAGAACGGCAGCGGCUCGGAGAACGAUGAGGAGGAAGAGGACAGCGAUGACUUCUGGCACACAUCGGUGGGCAAAUUCAAGUUUACGCUGGAUCAGCUGCCCCAACCACUGCAGUACAUACACCAGCUGCUUACGGAAAUACCGACAAUUAAAAAGCCCGAAAUACUCUACUAUGUGCUGCAAUGCCUGAAGACGAUGGCGCUGCACGGCGAUGCGUUGACGAAGGCUGCGAAGGAGCAGCGCGGCUUCUUCAUAUGGUGCCAGGAGAACUUGCUGAUCAAGAACUUGUGGGAGCUGUGCAAUGCGGAGCACUCGCACAUCUGUCAGGUAUGCGUGCCGCUGCUGCUGCACUGCAUCACGCUGCCACUGGGCUCGGAUGUGUUUUGGCGCGUGGUGCAGGAGGCAUUUCACGAUGUCGAUUGGCGCGUUCGCUUCACAGCAGUGGAACGAGUAACCGUGAUUACACGUUUUAUGGAUUCGACACCGCUGCGCUCAGAGGUUGGCCUGCAAACGGCACUGGCCACCGCCUUCUGUCAUCUGAUCGCCAGCAUGGAUGACAUCAAUGUGUAUGUGGCGCAGCGGGCGACUCUGUACAUCGGAACCAUACAUGAUACGGCAAUACGGUCACUGCUCUUCUGCUUGGAGUCGCAAUUCGAUCUGUUCAUUGUCGAUCGGCCCGUGGUGCUGCAGUCGGUAUAUCAGCUGCACAAUUCGCUAUCCGACCGCAAGAUACUCAGCUGGGAGUUCUUUCUCAAUCGCUUCGAUACGCUCUUCGUGGAGGCGCAAAUCAAUCUGGAAAAGUGCGGAGACAUUUCGUACCUGCGCGACCUGCGCAACUCGGACAACGGCAGUGAGGCGCUCUCGGCCAAAAUACUGAAGGCCAGAGAGGCCCUCAGCCAAUCGGACACCAGCGGCAGCAUGGCCAAGACUCUAAGCGCCUCCUUUGGCACCAAGUGGCCCUACAAGCGAACCAUGUCCGCACCAGCCAGCAUGGCGCCGCGUCAGGACUCCAAGUUCGUGCCCGAGAAGGAAAAGAUCUACAGUCGCCAGGUCUCGGCACCCAUACUCAAGCGGAAGACCUCGCGCUUCGGAUUGGGUCAGUUCCUAGGCACUAGUAGUGGCAAUCAAAAUACAAAUACAGCUAGUCAUAGUGUGGCCACAACUAGUAAUACAAGAUCUAAGGCCCCGACACCAUGUCCCAUACACCAAGCCCACUCCCACAACACGGCCUUUUCCUAUCAUCCACACCAACACCAACACCAACACCCACAUUCACAUCCACACACAUUACAACACCAUCCACAUCACACUGGUAGUAGUGCACCAGUAGCGACGUUUGCCUCGGCUCAUAGUCAGAGCCAUCAGUAUUUAGUGCAUUGUGUACCGCCUAGUCAUCAUAGUCCACUGCCCACGCUGCAGGAGGCGGAGACCCGUCUGCGCACCCAGGCUGCCCAGCAGUCGUUGCAGCAAGCCGCUCCAGCACAGUCGACGACGGCAUCGACGCAACAGCAGCAGCAGUCCUCUGAGCAGACGCGUGCACCAUCACAGACCACAGUGGUGGCAGCCGUGGGUGGCCUGGCGACGUCGAGCUUCACGACAGGCGCCCCACAAGCAACCACUGUCCACAGCUUUGCCACGUCCCUUCACUCCCAUUUCCAAAAGCAUCCCUCGGCACCAAAUCUGCUGCCGCCACAGCCAGCGGUGGCUGCACCCAGUCCCAGUCCCUCGGCACUGGCCUAUCCCAUGCAUUGCACAUGUGAUGUCGCUCCGCAUCCGGGUGCCAGCACCACUGGCACCACGGGCACCACGGGCAGCAGCACGGCCAACCCAGAUGGCCAUAUCCACUCGCUAGGUGGACUCAACGAUGAGAAUCUGAUUGGACUACUUAGCCGCAUUACGGAGUUAGAGGAAUCGGAUCGAGAGACAAUUCACUUGCUGGUCUUUAUGCUGAUGCAGUUCAUGUCCCGCACAGAUCAGGCCUUUCCAUCCGAGGACAAGCCCAUGACCAGGACGCAGAACAUUGUGUUGAAGCAUUUGUUCCUACUUCUGGGCCACAAUCAAAUCGACAAGACCUUCCACACCACGCCGGAAUCACUACGUGUUUCAGCCGUAUUCAAUGCAUUUCUGGCCAACUUGCCGCAAGUCUUGGAUCAGAAUCAUUUAAUUGGAGGACUCAUGUUGCCGUCCGUCAUGCAGAUCAUUUUGUAUGCACCCAAUCCGACAAGCACUUCGGGCGAAUCGUAUCAGAAUAUUGUCUUCAACUACUCGCUGUGGUAUCUGGAGCAGUAUCCGCGUCGCAAUUGGCUCUUCACCCUGCUGGUCGUGCUCUACAAGUACUCCUAUACACAACCACCGCUCAGUGGAUAUGUCAUCUCGGCCAUUCGCAUGAUCAUGAACAGCCUGCGCGGCCACUUCCACCAGUGCCGACGCAUCCCCACCACCACCAUACUGGAUAUACAGACCAGCGUUGGCGGUGCAGCACGAUCACGCGACGUUAGCCAGCCCUCUCUGGGCACAGAUCCCGAUGACAAAGAGGCAAGUCCUCCGGCCAGUCCCAUGUUCCCGUCUGAAGGCACUAGCGCCGCCUCCAAAAGCAAGGGUCAAAACGUCGCCUUCACGCCCAAACUGCAGCACGCCUUCCGCAAGUACAACGACUCCAGCUUGGAUGCGGAUGAAACUGAGUCUGAACUGGUGGCCAUACCCGAGAGUGAUCUCUCCGACAGCACACUUCAUGGCAGCAGUGCACCGGGCUCCUUUGAUGAUGCCAUUCACUUUGACGAUAUGUUGCCCACAAAAAUAGAGUCACUGAGGAAUCGCCGUACAAUUGAAUACUCCGAAGAGAAAUCCAAAGCGCCCAAGUCCAUGAUCACCACCAAAACCGGGGACACGUACUCAACGAAGAUAAAGACCAACGAGUCCGUUAGCACCACCGUGGUAACCACCCACGCACGCCACAGCCUCCAGGAGGGUGUGCGCAUGAUAGUGACGCCUCUAGUCGGAUCCGAGACGACGGAGACAGCGAUUGUUAGCCCGCCUGUGGAUGUGCAUCGUGCGGUUACCGUGCGCAACAAGUCGUUGGAGAACGCAGCUGCCUCUACGUCUAAAAUGUUCGCAGCCAUCGCCACCAAUCAUCUGAAAGCGCUGGGCGCGCUGCAAGACGUGCCCACAACCAGUGGCAGCAAGCCCAGCACCAGCAGCAGCACCACUGGCAACGGCAAUCGCUCCACAAACGGGGCCACCGCCACACUGGCCUCCAACAUUGCCAAGUCCAUUGGACGCCACAAAACCAUCGUGGAGUGCAGCGCCGCCACAUCCAGCUCGUCAGUCGAUGACUCACGUCAGAAGAAGUCGCAGACAAAGUCGUUGAAGCGCACCGACAAGCCAUAUGGUUCACCGGACUCGCCGCUGUCAAAGAUGAGUGUAAUGCCCAAUCCAUGUGACGAGCUGGAUGCGAGUCUAUUGCCACCAUCCAAGAAUAUUGCCGCAUUGGAGAUCCCAACGCCUGAGCGACUGCUGCCCAUUGGCACACAGGAUACGGUUGCCACAUUGGUGGAGCGCAUGCGAGAUGGGCUCAACCUGCCGGACAUAAGUCACCUCAAGCAGGACAGCCUGGACGUGUCGGAAAGCACCAAGGAUGAUGUCACCCACAGCAGUCGCAACAACUCGCCCCGGCGACUCAUAAAGCAGGUGGCUCUCGAGUCACCGCCCAACCCCAAUGCACCAGUUGCAACUCCAGUGGCACCGUCCCAACACCUGCCGCAGUCACAGACCCAUCAAGAUCUGCACACAUCCAUUCUGAAAAACGUCACACAAGAUCUAAGGCAGCAGUCCAGCGAGCGUCAGCCGCAGGCCACUGGAACAUCGACCACCUCGAAUAGCGUUAAACGACCCAGGCAAAAGCUGGCGCCUUUCAAUGUGGACACCAAUGCCAUACCGGACAUACGCUCGCGCUUUGCCGGCUCCUGGCCACCUCCACCGCCUGUCCAGCCAACCGAGGAGCACGACGAAGAGGGCGAAGACUCGCCCGAAGCUGCGAAUGGACACGCGGCGCAUUCAACGGCCCACGCCCAGCGAGGGAGCUCGCGACGCGUUGGUAACUAUACUAUUGUGGACCGCUGCUCCGAUUGCGGCGCUGUCAUCGAGGAGUAUACAGACGAAGAGAUUGGCAUAUUCAUCGUAAUCCUAGGCACCUUCAUUCACCGAGAGCCAGCGAUAGCAGCGCCCUUCCUGCCCGAGGUGCUGACCAUGACAUCACGAAUCUGUCUGAGUGGCACGCACUCCUGGCAAGGCGAGAACGGGCCGCCCUUGGCUAGCAGCGCCCAGGCCGUGGCACUGCAAUUCAUCCGCUGCGUUCUACAUCAGCUGGCGCCCAAUGGAAUCUUUCUGCAGGUAUUCCAGACCCAAAUGAAAAUCAAGAUACGGCACAACCAUUUCCGCAGCAUUGCCAAAGCGUUGCAGGACUUCCAGGAUCUAAAUGCAACCAGUCCCAUUUAUAUGGUCUGCGACUCUCUGACCUCGAAGAAGGCCCUGCCCAUCGAUCAGCUGCCCAUCAUCUUUCGAAACAUGGCCGAGUAUCUUCAGUGUGUGCCCGUCGAGGCAGGAGUCGGCCUUGCUGUGUGGUCACAGGCCAUGCAGGCCGUGGAGUCGUUGCUGCGUCAGGUGAUUGUCAUCAUGCCCAGCCUCAGCAAUGCCGAGUAUAUGCUGGAUCUGAUUGUGGCCACAUUGCGCUUGAACUGCGUGCCCAAAACUCUGCUGGAUCCGUACUCCAAGAUUAUGGCCUACUGUGUGCAGCACACCAAUUUGGAAUACCAAACUCUCUACGAUCUGUGCACGCUGAGCACCCGAUCCUUCAACAAGGAUCGCGACAAGAACUUACUUUGUCGGCAAAUGAUCUUUGAGUUUGUGCAGGCACUGAAGUUCAAGUCGAACAUCCCCGAUCACAAUCUGCUGAUGAUCAUCGGAUUCGUUCUACUCGAUGCGGGCGGCACUCUACCACCAGGUGCCUUGCCCGAUCUACCAGACGCCGCUCCUGUGCUGACCACAAAUGCCGCCGACUGCUUGAGGCAGUACAUCAACGAUGUGAUCGACUUUCUGGCAGAUUUCCAUACACUCAGCAAGAUUAAGAAUUUCAAGAACGGCCAGACAAGCAAUGGCCUGGGCGAGGACACCCUGGGCGGCGUGCUGAAGGGCGCAGUGGCCCAGUACCUGGCACUUGAGAUGUCCAGGGGUAACUCCCGCGACAACAAGGCGGUCUCCCGCUAUCUGCCGUGGCUAAACAAUGCUCCGUCUUCAUUACAGCAGGGUCCCAAGGAGUUUACUGAAUGUGUGGGUCAUAUGCGCCUGCUCUCGUGGCUUUUGCUGGGCUCACUUACGCACAUGGCUUUGAUGCAGCGCCGCCAAGAAACGCACACAUUGCCUCCAGUUCUGCCGCCGAAUGUGGCGCCUGGACAGGGCCAGCCGCCGGCAGCUAGUGUUCAUUACCAACAUCAAGGAGUCACAUAUUCGCAGCCUGUGCCACAGGAAGCAUCCUGUCACAUAGCCGAUCACAUUCAAGUGAUCUUCGCGGGCUUCGCCGAGCAGUCCAAGACAUCGGUGUUGCACAUGUCCUCGCUGUUCCAUGCGUUUACACUCUGCCAAUUGUGGACCGUUUAUUUGGAGCAGAUGGCUCACAACACCAACAGCAAUGCCGAGGGCAGUACGCUAGGUGUACUCUUUGAGUUUUGGACCAAGGUGACGCCAAGCAUAUUGCAACUAGUGUCGCAUGCCAAGCCACCCAACAAGGAGCUGCACGCUCAGGCCAGCGUUGACUUCCAAACUCAAAGCACCAACUCAAAGCUAUCGGAAAUGGUUAACUUACACUUUCUUAGCUUGCUGGAGGCCCUGAAAGAGACAAACUCUACGGUGCUGGGCAAACUGCUGCCCAUGUGGAGCACUGUGCUUUCUUCGCAAACCCAACUAUCGGAUACGCUACAUGUCCGGCUGCAGAACGUACGUGACUAUGCGCCCGACUUUGAGGAGCAACAGACCCACAAAUCAGAGGCGCUGCUCAAAUGGUUACAGCAUUUGCAAUUUAAAAUGGGCCAAAUAGAGCUUCAGGCCUCGACAGCUACACAGUUUUACUCCAUUUGAACUUAAGGCGAUA